AUGACGCCCUUGCGGGUGCAAGCACUUCUCGAGCCAGAGGACAGCUCCUCCUCGGACUUUGUCGAGUCGCCCGAGGAGUCUUCGCCGGAGGUCUCCGACUCCGAUGGGGGAAACAUCCAGAGUGGAGCCGACGCGCCCACUGUGACGUCGGAUGCCUCCGGAGAGCUCGACACCACUGGGGAACAAGCUAAACCUCCAGGCACACAGCGCACAGCGAGAAGCUGCACAAUCCAUUACCUGCCAAUCGUACACAAAACACAAGCCCGAAAAGAACCAGCACUGCCGGCACCGCCAGCCCAAGCGCGAAGCCGCGCAGACAAGCAGCCGAAGGGUCAAGCGGGAGUACAGGAUUUACUCAAGCAAUCAAGCAACAAGCAGCAGGAGCAUGCAGGAGGAAUAAAAUCCCUUAGACGCGAUACCCGGAGGCAGCCGACUGACCAACAUCCUCUGGCGACCUUCUUCGUUGAGGCGCACGACUUCGUUCAUAAUGAAAGAGCGAUCCUCUACCGUCGUGUCAAGGCUCCUGCACCGGCUGCAGAUGGCGCGGCGAUCCCACCUGCCCCGGCUGCUAUGCCUGAUGACGCAGGCCGCCCCCCGGCAUCUGUGGUACACAUCCCUGGUUUGCGCGCUCUCGUCGACUCGUCUCAUGAGCACUUCAUUCCGCCGCCUGCGCAGCGAAAUGUGACCCCUCUUGUCAUGCGCGUCUUCCCUCGCCAUGUGCAUGCUCGCGCUGCGCUGACCGAUCAGCAGCGUGAUAUCCUCACCUUGCACAGCCGCAGGACACACUCGCUCAAGUCGCAGGAUAGGGUCUUGCAGUCUACCAUCUUCGCUCAUUUUCCUGAGCGUGACCUGAGCCACUCUCCGAUGCGAGUCUCGAGCUACUACCCCCUCAAGGCCUUCCCGCACCGCUAUGCUCAGAUGCUCGACUGCUAUCUCCAUGGCAUGCCGAUCUGCCAGUGUCCGACGGAAUGUGAUGGAUGUCAGCGCGAGCUCGACCCCUCCGUUGCUGCACAUCAUCUCCAGACCUGCAAACGCCGAUCCUCCAAGCUUCCCACGGCGCAUGACAACCUUACUCGUACGAUUCGGUCGAUGCUGAACGAAGCUGGUCUUCAGAGCGUCAUCGAUACAGUGGGGGAUCCUCGUUCUCGACGGCAGGUACCCUCCCAUCCUCAUGGCCGCAAGAUGAAGGGCGAUAUCCACAUUCCUGGAAUCCGCGAUCGAGGGCCCGAGCAGUACGAGGGCUUGAUGGCGGACGUGACGUUGGUCCACCCUUACAUUGGUAGCUCUGCCGACCUGACCAAGUGGGGGGAGGUCAACCUCGACGCCCUCCAUGUUGCAGCGUCUGAGAAGAUUCGCAAACAUCGCGCUGCAUAUGCCAUGACUACUCCUCCUCGAGCGUUCAUCCCUCUUGCCAUCUCGACGGACGCGCUCAAUGCCUCUUGA